UCCCAUUACUCCAUCUUCUUCCUAGGUUUCGAGAGCCUCAGGAAUUCCUCACCCUUCAUUCUUCAUCAGAAACUGUCUCUGAGUUUGUUGUUUAGAAAAGUUCGAGUUAGUUACGAGUCUGCCCUUGGGGGUCGAAAAUGGCCGCGGCAUCGGCUCUUCAUUCUAUCGUGGCAUGCUCCGCAACAGGAGGCGUUGGGAGCCGUAGAUCCCUCUACCCAUCCGCCACAUGUCUCGCAUCUAGGCGCGCUCGCUCUCUCAUGGUGAGGUGUUCGGCUGAGAGCGACAAUCAAGAGCAAUCAGCACCUGUGGAUACUCCUUCAACCCCAAAGAACAACCCCUCACCUCCUCCUCCCCCGCCCAAAAAGGUUAGCCCCAACUUCACAGACAUCCUAGCCUUCAGUGGACCCGGCCCCGAGAGGAUCAAUGGCCGGCUCGCGAUGGUGGGAUUUGUGUCCGCGCUGGGAGUUGAGCUUGCACGAGGCAAUGAUGUGGCAUCCCAGUUGGCCAGUGGAGGCCUAUGGUGGUUUGUGGGGUCCAGCGCGGUCCUAACCUUGGCCUCUCUCAUACCACUCUUGAAGGGUGUAGAUGUGGAGUCUAAGAAGAAUGGUAUCAUGAACCCUGAGGCUGAGAUAUGGAAUGGCCGAUUUGCCAUGUUGGGCUUAGUGGCUUUGGUCUUUACUGAGUAUUUAAAGGGAGGGGCUCUCGUGCAAAUGUAGUUCCUUGAUGCAUUGAAUUGUUUAAAUAUAUAGAAAUAUCGUGUUUGAAAUAUUAUUAGAUGAAUGCCGUUCAAAAAAAUAAUAUUA